UCGUCGUUUGUUUCUUGGAGUAGUCAGCGCGUGCUGCGUUGUUUGAUGGUGGACGCGGCUCGCGGCGGAAGAAUUUUUAGUAGUGUUGUGCAUACAGUUGGCUUUGGAAGUCCGAUACUAGCGACACGACGCCGGCGUCCAAACCGCGGUUCGGUGGUAUUUGAAAUAUUCGAAAAGCGCGCGGAUUUUGUAGUAUGUAGUUGUUCUAUAUAAACAUAAAACACGUACACCAGUAUGGUCAACAGCAUAAUCCAUUAAUUAAAAUAAAAUAGUUAACAUUUCGGCAUCUAGUUAGACAUUACAUAAAAGAAAUUAUAAAGUGAAUCAUAAACAUAAUAGUGUUUUACGAAUCAUUUUCAACAUGUGGCAGUCAAAAACUUUUAUUACGCUUUUCGUUGCUGUUUAUUUGGUUGUGAACUCUCGUGGAGUAAUAGGUAGUUUAGAUGAGCAACAAGAAGAAUGUGCAGCUUGUUCCAAAGGAUCAUGUCGUAGCGUCAAUGGAAUUUAUACGAGGCCGGAUUUGCCACCAGGAUACUCAUUGGUUGCCCAGCUUCCUGCAGGAGCCUGUAGAAUUUUGGUUCAACAACUGAAGCAUACCAGAAAUUUUAUCGCCCUGAAAAACAGCAACGGCUCAUACAUUGUUAAUGGCGACUGGAAAUUGAGCAACAGUCGGGUGUUUCAAGGAGCAGGAACAAAGUUUGUUUACCUUCGCCAGGACGAAAAUUCUCUGGAAACCGUGACGUCGCCAGGACCUUUGGCAAAUGCAGUCGACAUAAUGAUUGUUAAUUACCAAGCCAACCCUGGAAUCAAAUAUGGAUAUUCCCUACCAUUAUCCGCCGAUAUAGCACCACCGCUAAUGAAACGACCAAUAAUCGAACCGAUCGUUCUUGAAACGAAAUCUGACCUAUCUCUAAAUACUUCACUUAGUCAAAGGGAUGAGGCUAAGCCUCCUUUACCAGUACCUGGAAUACGGAGAACAAGACUUAGAAGAAAACAUUUUCAUUGGAAAAUUACUGGGUUAACGGCUUGUUCAAAGUCUUGUGGAGGAGGCCUUCAAUCCUACGUUAAAACUUGCACCAGAGAUGCGGGACACACUCAAGUUCCAGUAGUCGAUCGAAGAUGCGCCCAUUUGCACUCACCCACUCCGGCACCGAUACGCUGCAAUACCGCUCCGUGUCCUCCUUCCUGGGAAUUCCAUUGGAGUCAAUGUAGCGCGACUUGUGGAGAAGGACUCCAACAAUACACUCCACAAUGUAAACAAGAUUCUCUUACAGUGAGCGAAAGUUUGUGUACCAAGCCUAAACCCAGCAUUCAGACAAGGCCAUGUCGAGAAAGCUAUUGUGACAAUCGAAGCGAAAAUGAACUACCCCAAACUUACGAUGACAACGCAAAUAGUUUUGACUGGGCUACUGGACCAUGGUCUGCAUGUUCGGUCUCCUGCGGUACUGGUCACAGAACAAGAUCAGUUACCUGCCCCUCAGGAAGAUGUAUACCAGAUGAUAGGCCGACUCAUGCUGAAUAUUGCGAAAUGGGAUCUUGCACACCUAGAGAGAUAGUCUACCAUACUUCUUCUAGCCGAUCAAUAUCAACUUGGUUGGCAACAGACUGGUCGCAAUGUUCAGAAGCUUGCGGUACUGGUACUCAGACUAGAAUGGCAGUAUGUGGGCUUCAGGAUAAGGAAAGUUGUCCAUCGGAAACAAAACCGGAGCUAUCCAGAGCAUGUUCAAGCGAUAAGCAAUGCGACGCACAGUGGUUCGAAGGUCCAUGGGGUCCUUGCUCAGACGGCUGCUUAGGUAGAGGCAAACAAAAGAGAGAAGUGGUAUGUGUAAUUAAAAUUAGAGGAGUGCCUCACGUAACAAACGACAUGACCUGUCCAUCACAUUUAAAACCUGCGGAAGAGCAAGCUUGUGAAAGUGGAUGCCCCCCUCGUUGGUACUUUGGAGACUGGAGGCAAUGUGAAGGUACCUGCCCUGUGGGAAUUCAAAGAAGAGAAAUUAGAUGUUUGGAUCCGUAUGGAAGGGACGUUGAAGGAUGUCCAGAAAACGACAAACCAGUAGGAAAGAGAACCUGUCCCUGCGAGGCGGACAAUAAAGGAAGAUAUAAACCAGUGCACGAUGAACCAACUGAUCGUACACGUAGUUUGGUUAAAAGAUACUGCGUUGACAAAAUCCACAAAUGCAAAUUAGCUGUACAGGCAAGAUUGUGUCAUUAUCCUUACUAUGUCACUCACUGUUGUGAAUCGUGUCGAAGAGCGCAAGAAUCGUUAGAAUAAGAAGCUGUGAUUGGAUAAUAUGAAAAUUGUUUAGGUAGUCAAAAGUACUGAAGAGAGGAAAACUUAGUAAUAAUACCUAAAUAUGAACAAAUGAUUGAGCGCGAGUGGUAUAAAAAGUUCUGUGUCUUUUGUAUAUAAAAGAAAGAAAAUAAGACAUGACAAGAAAUGAUAAGUUAUAGAAAAGAUAUGGGUAUCAAUAUUAUUAUUUAUAUCGAUAAAAAAAUGUAUGUUUUAUGUAUUCAGAAUGUUGCCCCCUUUAUAUUCAACAUUUUCAGAAACAUCAGGAAUGCAGUAGGCAUCUAAAGACGUUGAAGACGUAAUAAUAUAACUAUAAGUGUCGGGAUUAGCCUGAAUUGUUUUAAUGUCUAUUUGUUUGUCCCAAUAGAUUUCUGCGAAACUGUCACAGAUCCACCAAUAAAUCGGUCUGUUGGUGAUUUAUAUCUUGCUAUUUUAACCACGCAGGUCUCCUCCUUCGGCUUAUAUGGUUUUUCUAUUCCUUUUCUUCUAUUUAGUCUCCAUUCGUUGAUACAACUUACGUUAGAGCUUAUUCUAAUGUCUUCAUUUAUCUUUCAACGUAUUUUCUGUAAUUAUUUUCAGACCUCUAAUCCCUGCCGUUUUCAGUAGUAUUUUUGUUGUGGCUGUUUCGGGUCUUGUUUCUGAUGCAUAUGUCAUUAUUUGUCUUACACUGGCUUUCACUCUUGCACUAGAAAUUCUUGACUUCGUCUCAGUAUUAAUAUGUCGGUUUUCCCAUAUUGUUAAGGCAUCCUACCAGUCUAUUUGCUUUUUGUACUUGAUCUCUCACUUCCUUGCCCAGGUCUUCAUAGAUGGACAGUCUAAUUACAAAGUAUUUUCUUGAAGAGAAGUAUCCAUAUUUCUCAAAUGUGGUCUCGAGGUAACGAAGUACAAAAACUCGAAGAAGUACCACAAUUAUUUUUUUUUAUACAGGGUGUCCCAAAAGUAGUGGAACGGUA